UCAGGGGCCGGCGGCUUCUCACGCGCGGAGCCGUCGCCGCGCCCCCGGGAGCUCCCCGCGCGAGCGUGCAGGCUGCCGUGGCUCUGGCGGGAAGGGAGCGCACCGCCCGAGCGGGGUCGUAAGCCCGCCGCGAGGCUCCGCCCCCUGCCCCGGGUAGGCGGUGGCGCGAGUGACGUAAGCAGCGGGAAAUCCCCGGUUCCGCUGGGCGGUCCGCCCCGCCCCCUGCCCCUGCCGCGGCAUCCUGGCAGGGCGACGGCAGGACACUAGUGACCGGAGCGCGAAGAUUCGGGGGUGGGAAGUGUGAGCCGCAAACCCAGAAGAGCCGGGAAAGAAGAGGAGGCCCGGGGGUGGUCCGAGGACUGGGGUCCUGGCUGCAGAGGCUGCUCUGCCUCCUCACUGGCUGGCGAGCUGCCUGCCUGCCUGACCGACUGCCUGGCUAACUGACUCACUGACUGACUCACCGACCGACCGACCGGCUGGCUGGCUGGCUGGCUUGCAGUCUCUGGCCGGACGCUGGAAGCUGCAGCGAGCGGCGCGCGGAGCCGAGCCAUGGCCUCGAGUGGAUAUAAUCCAUAUGUAGAAAUAAUUGAACAGCCAAGGCAGAGGGGCAUGCGGUUCAGAUACAAGUGUGAAGGGCGAUCAGCAGGCAGCAUCCCAGGGGAGCGCAGCACAGACAACAACCGGACCUACCCGUCCAUCCAGAUUAUGAACUACUAUGGAAAAGGAAAAGUAAGAAUUACAUUAGUAACAAAGAAUGACCCAUAUAAACCUCAUCCUCAUGAUUUAGUUGGGAAAGACUGCAGAGAUGGGUACUAUGAAGCGGAAUUCGGACCCGAGCGCAGACCUUUGUUUUUUCAAAAUUUGGGUAUUCGAUGUGUAAAGAAAAAGGAAGUGAAAGAAGCUAUUAUUUUAAGAAUUAGUGCAGGAAUCAAUCCUUUCAAUGUCCCUGAACAGCAGCUGCUGGACAUUGAAGAUUGCGACCUCAAUGUGGUGAGGCUGUGUUUUCAAGUUUUCCUUCCUGAUGAACUUGGAAACUUCACAACGGCUCUGCCUCCCAUUGUUUCUAACCCAAUUUAUGACAACCGUGCCCCAAAUACUGCAGAACUAAGGAUCUGCCGUGUGAACAAGAACUGUGGAAGUGUCAGGGGUGGAGAUGAAAUAUUUCUGCUUUGUGACAAAGUUCAGAAAGAUGAUAUAGAAGUUCGUUUUGUGUUGAAUGACUGGGAAGCUAAAGGUGUUUUUUCACAAGCUGAUGUUCACCGCCAAGUCGCCAUUGUUUUCAAGACCCCUCCAUAUUGCAAAGCUAUAUUGGAGCCUGUGACGGUGAAAAUGCAGCUGCGGAGGCCUUCUGACCAGGAAGUGAGUGAGUCUAUGGACUUCAGAUACCUGCCCGAUGAAAAAGAUGCCUAUGGCAAUAAAUCAAAGAAACAGAAAACAACUCUGAUUUUUCAGAAACUGCUGCAAGAUUGUGGUCACUUUACUGAGAAACCAAAACCUGUCCCUCUGGGGCCAAUCGGAGAAGGAAGAUUCAUCAAAAAAGAAUCAAGCUUGUUUUCUCAUGCUGCAGCUUUACCCGAAAUGCCCAGGGCUUCAGGAGUUCCAGGGCAAGCUGAAGCCUACUAUUCUUCCCCAGGGUCCGCCUCAAGUGCAUUGCCACAUCACCCACCAGCCAUGCCCUCAGUGGCCCAUCAGCCUACAAGCUGGUCACCAGUGACACACCCCACCUCGCACCCAGUCAGCACAAAUAGCCUGAGUAGUUUCUCGGCGGGAACACUUUCCUCUAAUUCAGAAGGUAUCCUUCCAUUCCUACAAGGGCCCAAUGUGAGCGACCUAAGUGCGUCUAACACCUGCCUUUAUAAUAGUGAUGACCUAGGUCAAAUGGAAACGCCGUCCAUGUCACCAACUGACUUAUACAGCAUCUCUGAUGUCAACAUGCUAUCUAAUCGGCCUGUGAAUGUGAUGGCACCCAGCACUGAUGGCAUGGGGGACACUGACAGCCCGAGACUUGUGAGCAUCAAUCUUGAAAACCCCUCAUGUAAUGCCAGGCUAGACCCAAGAAACCUGACACAACUACAUCAGAUGUCGCCUGCCAAUAUGUCAGCGGGCACCAGUUCCAAUUCUGUUUUUGUGUCACCACAGUCAGAUGCAUUUGAUAGAUCAAACUUCAGUUGUGUAGAUAAUGGCCUGAUGAAUGAUGCUGGACUAUCAAAUGAUGCAAAUAAUCCUAGCUUUGUUCAGAGUGGUCAGUACUCAAGUGUUGACGCUCUGCAGAGUGGGCAGCUGAGUGAUUCCUUCGCAUAUGGUCUUUUUAAAAUAUAAGUUGUGGGACUUAAAUAGAUGUAUAGAAUAUUAAGAGAAAGUUCAGAAGUGAAACUUUAAAAGCUUACUUUGUUUCUUACUUUGAAAGAUAUUCCUAAAGUACAUGUGCUUGAUUUGAAUUGUUUUUCUGUAUUUCCCCAAGACAAGCUAUGUGUCUUUUAUAAUGUAUUAGUGAAAUGAAAUGAUAUUUGCUUUCAAGCAGAUUUAAGGUAAAACAUGUAAUGGCUAUGCCAUUGGGAAAUAAACUCAUUAUUGUUGAGGCCCAUAGGCCAAAGUGACCCCUAAGGGGUUUUCUGAGGUUUCUUGGUAUUUUUAGGUGUGUGUGUGUGUGUGUGUGUGUGUGUGUGUGUGUGUGUGAGCUUUCAAGGUAUGGAAGAUUUUUUUUUCUAUUUGCUGUGAUUUAGACUUUCAUCUUUAAAGUUACAGGUGAAAUUAGCUUUAUAUCCGUAUUUUCAAGAAAAGGUUUUCUUAAACCAUUUUUUUUAGAUGUUCUCAUUCUGUUUGAUCUCAUAAAGCCUGUCUACUUUUCUAUAAAGAAUCUAACCAGGUAUUCUGGGCUCAUAUCUGUAAUCUCUCUAUUUGAGAUUGUAAGUUCAAAACCUUCCUGAACUACAUAGUAAAUUCAAUACUAGCUCGGGCAACUUGUGGAAAUCUUGUCUCAAACAUUAAAAAGACCAAGGAUGUUAUGCAGGGGCGGAGCUUGCUCAGUGCUUACAGGGCCCUGUGGAGAAGAAAACAAAAUAACAAGUUUGUUUUAUCUCAAUAUAGCCAUACAGAGUUUUGAACUUUUCUCCCAGACUUGUGUCUUCUUCAACCUUACCCACUGUGUGUGUUGUCAUGCCAGGCUUCCAGUUGCUAAGGCAAACACCUCGGUGGACCUUUAUUCUUCCUUUACCUCCCACAUCUGUCCAAUCCAGUGUCAGACCCAGAAGGCCUUUCCUCAGGAUGCAUCCAAAGCCCACCAUCUCCUUAGAACUUUUGUUUGAGACUGGCUAGCCUCAAACCUGCUCUGUAGCCAAAAAUGACCUCGACCUCUAGAUUCUCCUUCUCUGCCUCUGGAGUGCUGGGAUUGCUGUGUGCACCCCCACACCAGGUUUGUGUGGUGCUAGGGAUCAAAGACAGGUCUUUGCUGGGAGAAGUGUUCUCACAGUUGAGGUAUCUGCUCAGCUCAGAAACCGCAGGCAUUUUGUAUUAGUACACUGAUAAACCGAGACACAGCUAUUAGAAAGCUCAACAGAUGCUACUUACACAUCGACUUAUUUCUAAGUUGAACUAAGGUGUGUCCACAUAUGUGCUUAGAGUAUUUUCGACUGAUGUUUUAUUUUCAGGUGCUACUUACUGAUCACAGCAUUCAGUUUAUACCUUACACUGCAUUUACAAACAUGCCUUUCCUUUCGCUCUGCUGCAUUCGUAUUUCACAUGGUGUGGAGAGAAUUGGCCUUCCUUUCCAGACUCCACUUGUGUAUGGCAUCUCUCCUCCUGUUCCAAUGGCCUCAUUUCACUAGUUAGUCUUGUUUUCUUUGUAUAAACAGAAUAAAUAUCUUGAGCUUAAAAGGAAAGGUUGAAAAGUAUCCCCUCCAAAUACCAAGAGCCCUUCCCCUGCACACCCAUCCUUCCAUCUUUACCUGUAAGGCGCCUCUGUCUUCUCACUGCUCGAUCUCUCCUUUGCCUUCGAUCUAUGUCUUUAGUCCACACACACACACACACACACACACACACACACACGUUCCUUGUCUUAGCAGCCGUUAUGCUCCUUGCCUGUGAUGGACAGGAUCCUGAGGGCCUGUGCUGUCUGCGCUCUCAUCAGCACUGUGGGAUGCUCAUGGUAAAGUAACUGCCCUCCCUCAGCCCUGCUUCCCUCAUGGCAUCACUGCUGUCACAGGUUCAAUAGCGACCUCCAAGGCAUAGCUGAUUGUCCUCCAGUCAUGCACUGUCCUUUUGAGUCUGCCCACUCAGUAUCAUGUGUCUGCCCCUUCUGUUCCUGGACAUCUUCAUUCUUUUUCUUCGGUGAAUAUCUUUUCCAUAUGUUUAAGGUUUUUUUUAAUACCUUAUUCCUCUUAUACUAGUAGUUGGAGCAUGUUGAACUUAUUCCCACGGGUGUCUAUAAUAUGUAACCUAUUCUGCCUCUGCUCCCAACACUUUCCUUUUAACAGCAGGCUUCUCUGCAAGGUUUGGUGCUGCUGCCACGGCCCCUGUGUUACAGCCCCCCAGUGGGUGGUAGUCAGCUAAGUGUUUCUCAUAUAUCUCUGGGACUCUAGCACUUGACAUAGACUCUGGCCUAACUGGUGCUGAAUAAAUCGUAACUAUUUGUUAGAAAGGGAGGGUGAUUAUAAAGUCAUAUUUGAGGAUAUAGUUUUUAAUGGGGAAGGUGCUUAACCCUGCAGGGAAAGUAAUGAUGCCAAGAUAGCCUGUCCUGUGAGCCAGGCUUCUCUCCUGGCCAACUGCUGCUGCCCUUCCUCUUCUUCCUCCUUUCCUCCUAUUCUCCCCCCUCCUCCUCCUUCUUCCUCUUUCUUCUUACCCCUCCUACAAAAAUAUAUGCAGACUGGCACAUAGCCAUGGGAGAGCAUGGCCCUGUGUUUGAUACCCAGAAUUGUAACAACAACAAAAUCAUAAAAUUAUAAAAACUAUCCUGAGGCUCUUUGAUACCUAAAGCAGCUCUCCUGGAAAUCACAGUACCAACAGUAUAGUAUCAGGUAGAGAUCCUGCCUGCGGAUCAGAGGUACUCCUUGACAAUUUACUCUGCACAGACAUGUCAGUAGCUUGUGUUCAUGUAGUCCAUACGACAUUUCUGUAAGUGUGUAUUGUACAAAGUGCCAUGCUCCAUGUAGAAAAUAAGGGUGAUGGUAGUCAACUCUUGUUCACAAAGGUACAUUUCUUUUCUUGUGAGGGUUCACACAUACAGCCAAUCACUUUAACAUGGACAAACUUUUAGGUACAAUUUGAAGAAUUCUUGAUUAUGUAAAAACUAUGCAACCCACUAUACCUGGGACCCCAGAAGUUCUCUUCCAUACCUCCAAACCACUGUUCCAAUUUUGGUCGGGAGAGCCUUCUGGCUUCCUAUACUUUUCUUUUGUCAAUUAGUUCUCCAUUCAGAAAACCUUAGUGUAGAGUAACUGGGUUGUCAGUUGUCUUCCUGUGCCGUGUGGUGUUUCCACAGCCUCAGAAAAGCUAUAUUUUCCAUGUUGAGACUUAAAAUUGAUGAUCCAGUUUGUCUAAUUGUACCAUAUCAAGUUUUAAUCAUUGGCUGGCAUAUUGAAGAUUUACCAUAAGCUAUCAGACAGCAUGAAGCAAGAUAAAGAAUAGAGACUGAUUUUAGGCAGCCUAAAUGGAUUUGCUGGUCCUCAGACACUCAGGCAGAAGAUCACAAGUUCCAGGCCUGCACGGUCUGCAGAGUGAGUUCAAGGGAACAGCUUUGUGAGCUCCUAUCUCAAAAUAUAAAGUGAACAAAGCGUGUCCCGAGCUGUACCUAGCACACACAGCUGAGACUCAGUGCACCUAGCACACACAGCUGAGACUCAGUGCACCUAGCACACAGCUGAGACUCAGUGCACCUAGCAC